CCACUAUCUCUUUCUCUGACUCAGACUCUGUCUGUCUCAUCAGGUUAUGAGCACCAUCGCGCUAUAACUACGCAGUCAACAGAAGAUAGAGAGCACAAGGAUCCGUAAACUUUUCGUUAAAGCUUGUCGUGUAUGGACACACCUCCGUCACCACACAUCAAAUCUGAAUAUUUCACUUCCACCACUCCAACGACUACUCCUCCCUCCAAAUUAAUCCUCCUCGAUUCCAAUCUGAAACUGUCGCUGGAAUCUAACCCCAAGCGAUCUAGCAUGUCCUCCACAAAGGAUUCAGACGUAUCGGGCCACCCAACCCUCAAACUCACGGGUGUCGAACAGCUUAAACCCCCUGGAUCCGACUCCAAUUACCUCGAUUGGAGUUGGAUCCUGGAGAUUCACUUCGCCGCCACGGAUGUCGACUAUAUCAUCAACGAUAAGCCCGAAUUAGCAAAGGCAAGGGCUACUUUUGAUCGGGACAAAAAGGCCGUUUGUGGCGUGAUAUCGUGCACUCAAGCUUCUCUGCCAAGUUUGAUAAUUUGCAAUAUUAAAGUGCAAAAUCAUGAACUUCAUCACACGUUUUCUACCAGAACCAAACUGGUUUUUUCAAUGAAAAAAAUCUAAAACUCC